AUGCCCAGAGGAUGGCCUGGUCGAAGUCCUAAGUGGCAAGGUCGUUCGACUGCAGCAUCCGGUUUGUCUCCCCUCCACACAGCUCAGUUUUGUACUGCGAGAGAGCGUGUCGGUCAACCUUCCGGCGAGGUGGCCACCGAGGCCGGUCAAGAGGAAAGAGAAAGGAUCGUUGUGACCUCCGCCGUUGAAACCACUGUUGGAGAAACCAGCACCGGCAGAAGCACGCGCCUGUCAAGCAGAGGUGAACGCCACUUCGACAGCUGUGCUGUCGAAGAGAGUAACCCCGUGCAUGCCGCCGUUCGAUGCUUACUGGAGGCCGUCUUAUGUUAUUUGCAGGUAGAGCGGAGAGACAUGGGGGCAGCUAAAGCCAUCGACGAACAGUUGGAAAGAACGUAG